UCUGGAAAUCUAUACAAUGAGGAUUGGGAAGUAAUGAAUCAAACAUCGUCAUAUUUAUAUUCAAGUGACGACGACGAGGAGUUCCCAAAUUCAUUUAAUCUUGAUUGUUUGCUUCCGGAACUCAAUUAUCAAUCUUCAUCUUCAUCUUGUAAUGAUAAUGGGGCAAUAAAUGCAACAUCGGCUAUGGAAUCCGAAGAAGAAGAAGAUUUUGAUUCUUCUAAUAUACAAAUAAUUAUUGGUUGGUGA